CUUCUCAUGGCGGCGGCAACAAAGAUGGACAAGGACGGGUUUCAGAACUACAGCGAUGAUGAAGAAGAAAACUUCUCAGACGAUGGAGACUGGGGAGACUGGGAAGCAGAUGAUAAUGGCGUAGGAGUUGGAGGAGGAGAGGAAGAUGAUUAUGAAUCUGAUUAUCUAUGUUUGUUUUGUGAUUCUCACUACGUUUCCUGUGAUUUACUCUUCGAACACUGUCGUCUGAGCCACGGGUUUGAUUUUCAUGGGAUUAGAAAGGAGUUGAAGCUGGAUUUCUACGCUUCUUUUAAGCUCAUCAACUAUAUUCGGUCACAGGUGGCUGAGAACAAAUCCUGGAGUUGGGGGAUUGUACUCGAAGCUGUUGAUUUCAAAGAUGUUAAGUUUCCUUGGGAUGAAGAGAAAUAUCUCAAGCCUUUUUGGCAGGAGGAUUCUCUUUUGUACAGCUUUGCGGAUGAUGAGGAAGACGAAGAAGAGCCGUUAGACAGAGAGGGAUUGAUGGAGGAUUUGCAGAAACUCGGGGAUUUAACCAUCGAUGUUGAGGCUAUAGGGGAAAGCUCGGCGUCAAAAAAUGGCAAAUGUAAUUUAAAUGGAAGCAAUGAUGUUACUCAGCUCUCGAACUGCAAUGGCCUGAAGGAAAGUUCUGCGGAUGAUUUGACAGUCAAUGGGAAAGAUGCAGAAACAGAUGUUGGUAAACCAAGAGUUUGUGAUGGUAAGCUAGUUGGUAGGAACAUCAGAAAGGUGAAUGAAAACUAUUUUGGAUCUUAUAGUUCAUUCGGCAUUCACAAGGAGAUGCUAAGUGAUAAGGUAAGAACAGAAGCGUACCGGGAUGCAAUAUUGAAGAAUCCUACUCUCUUGCGUGGCUCUGUUGUAAUGGAUGUUGGUUGUGGUACUGGGAUAUUGAGUCUCUUUGCUGCUCAAGCUGGGGCUUCAAGGGUAGUUGCAGUUGAAGCUAGUGAGAAGAUGGCCAAAGUUGCAACUAAGAUUGCCAAGGAUAACAAAGUAUUUCAUGAUAACGAGCAUAAUGGGGUACUUGAAGUUGCACACUCGAUGGUUGAAGAGCUAGAUAAGUCGAUACAGAUUCAACCUCAUAGUGUGGAUGUGUUAGUCAGCGAAUGGAUGGGAUACUGCCUUCUGUAUGAGUCAAUGCUCAGCUCUGUGCUCUAUGCAAGAGAUCGGUGGCUGAAACCUGGAGGUGCAAUCCUCCCCGACACUGCCACAAUGUAUGUUGCGGGAUUUGGAAAAGGCGCCACAAAUCUUCCUUUCUGGGAAGAUGUCUAUGGCUUUGACAUGUCCUCAAUUGGCAAGGAAAUUCUUGAAGAUACUGCUCGAAUUCCCGUUGUUGAUGUUGUAGAGGAGCGUGAUUUAGUGACACAGCCUGCCCUUCUCCAGGCAUUUGACCUGGCUACCAUGAAAGCGGAUGAAGUAGAUUUCACAGCAACAGCAACGCUGGAGCCCAAUGAGUCAGAAGCCAAAACUAGUUUGUGCCACGGUGUUGUGUUGUGGUUCGACACAGGAUUCACCGAUAGGUUCUGCAAGGAAAACCCAACGAUACUAUCCACAUCACCCUACACUCCCCCAACGCAUUGGGCACAGACGGUCUUGACUUUUCAAGAACCAAUCUCAGUGGCACCGCCUACGCAUCUGUGUGGUGAUGACAGAAGCGGAGCCAUUGGAACCAAAGAUUGCCCCGCCUCAAGCAUUCAUCUGCGUGUGAGUGUUGCACGAGCUUCUGAGCAUCGCAGCAUAGACAUCUCUUUAGAGGCGACAGGGGUGAGCUCAAAGGGUCAGAAGCGUCGUUGGCCGGUUCAGAUAUUUAACCUAUGAAUGUGACUUUGUACCCAAUUGUAAGACUCUUGUUUCUUCCAUUUUUGAAUCAUACAACAUGGAUGAGGAGGAUGAAAGAUCUUUUUU